AUGCCUCCGGGAAACGGCUCCUCCGGCUGGGAGCAGCUCCACGGCCAGUCCGCCGGAGCGGAGGCGCUCAUCGUGCCGGUGGUGUUCGGACUGAUCUUCGUGGUGGGUCUGGUGGGGAACUGCCUGGUGCUGCUGGUGAUGGGCCGGCUCCGGAGCCGCCGCGCGGCGGGACGCGCGCCCUCCUCCUCCUCCUCCUCCUGCAGCCCCACCAACAUGUUCAUCGUCAACCUGAGCGUGGCGGACCUGCUCUUCCUGCUGGUCUGCGUCCCGCUGCACGCCACCAUCUACUCGCUGCCCGAGUGGCUGUUCGGCGACUUCCUGUGCCGGUUCGGCCACUUCUUCACGUCCGUCACCAUGUUGGUCAGCAUCUUCACGCUGGUCGCCAUGAGCGCGGACCGCUACGUCGCGGUGGUGCGCUCCAAAGUUCCGCGCGUCAGGAGCCGCCGGAACACGCUGGCGGCGCUCGCGCUCGUCUGGACCUUGUCUGUGGUGUGUUCGGUUCCGGUGGCGCAGCACCACGUGCUGUCCGGACACCGCGCCGCUCCGAACAGCACCUUCUGCUGGGAGCAGUGGUCCGGAGCUUCCAGGCGGACCUACAAGGUGACGGUUCUGCUGGUCGGGUUCGUGGUUCCGCUGCUGAUCAUCAGUUGGUGCUACACUAAGGUUCUAUUUCAUCUCCACAUGAAGAUGAAAAACAUUUCUAAGAAGUCAAAACGCUCCAAGAAAAAGACGGCCCAGACCAUCCUCCUGGUCGUCACCGGCUUCACCGUCUGCUGGCUGCCGCACCACGUCAUCGCCAUGUGGGCGGAGUUCGGCACCUUCCCGCUCAAUGACGCCUCCUUUGCCUUCCGCAUCAUCGGCCACUGCCUCUCGUACGGCAACUCCUGCAUCAAUCCCGUCCUCUACGCUUUCCUGUCCGAGAACUUCCGCGGCGCCUGCCGCCAGGUCUUCGGCCGCCGCGCCGCCCUCAACGGCGCCACCGUGCGCUUCAGGACGGAGAACUUCUCCACCACACAUUCGGCUCUGUAG